AUCUUUGUUUUUAGUAACGCAAAUAUUGACACUUCGUGCAUUAUAUACGUUUAAGACGUGAGACACAAGUCACACAAGACAGUAUUAUACCGUUACUAAAAACAAAGAUUUAAAGCAUAAAACAUUGUCUUGAAAUUAUAAGUCAGCUAUUCUGCUCAAGCCCUUAAUUUUAGUGAAUCUCAUGACUCAUGCAUGCAUGCGUUCUUAAAGUCCGUUGCUUUGAACGGCAUGAUAAUUAAUGAUAAGGGUCUCUCAACUCGUCGGCUUAUUCAAACUUUUGAUUAAAGUAAUGUCUAAAACUUACAGUAUUUAUGGCAAAUCGUCAUAAUUAUUGAAAAACGUGCUACUUCAAGUAAAUGCAAAUCAUGCAAAAUUAUUGGUAAAAGAUGAAACACAAGAAGAUAACGUAAUCGUAAAUAAUCGCAUUCGAUUAUUCGAUACAAUAAAUCCCUUCAGCGGUUUCAUAGCGGUUCGAUUUGACAACUCGCGAGAACACAUAACUCAAUUUCUUCUUAAUUCCAUGUUAAUGUGAUUGCAACGUCGAGACACGCUUUCGCGAUGUACCGCGAGAAUUUUCACGCCGCAGUAUGAAAAAUCGAUUAUACGAUUGCAUCUGCGUCUUCAUCUUGCUCGUGAUAUUACAAUCGUUGAUUUGUCACGCGAAAAUCGUCAAUAAUACUCACAGAACUAAACGGGAGAUUUCCGUUGCUAAAACAUCGCAAUCUAAAGGAGAUUCUAGUUAUGCAAAACAAAUAAACUCGGAACAUGAAGAGAAAGGGGAUGAUGAUUCUGAAGAGGGCAAUACCUAUCGAGACAAUACGAAAGGGAAGCGUAAAGUUUCGAGGAAAGCCACGGAUUCCGUGAUCUCCGUCGAUCUCCAUUCAUCUAACGUUGAAGGAUCCUUCGAUCGUGACGAUGUGUCCAGAUACCUUAACUCGCGACGUUCGAGUGAAGAACCGGAAGAAGCGGAUGAAGAGGCAACGGCACGUGAUAAAAACGAGGAAAUGAGUAAUCUCCUGCGUUUACCCCGUAACAUAAACGGCGACAGAUAUACCGAUCAGGACGAGAGAUCGAGUUUGUAUGAUGACUACGAGGCGAAAGACAUCGCGAAACGUGGUGCCCUAAGCGGCCCAGAGGAUUACGAGGAAAUAGAAGAAGACGACUCACCGGGAAUAUCGGAAGAUAUAGCUGCGGUGCAAGACUCGAUGGCUGAAGUCGAGAAAAAAGAAAAGGAUGCUCGGGUGAAGAGAGACCAAGCGGAAAUUUCAGAAAUGCUCGAUACGUCCAAGUCAAGUCCGGACGAUCCAGUAAAGUUAAAAGAGUCGAAGAUCGCGGCAAAGGAUCCUAACUCACGCGACGUCUCAUCUCGUAUCGAAUUGUUGAAAGGUUUUAACGAAGCGUCAGCGCCCAAGGACGCGUCCAAGAUCAAAGGUUUCGGGUCGAAGGACCCGAUCUCAAGGGUGAGCGAUUCCUCCAAGAUUCAAGAACCAACGAGCAAAGUUACUUUGCCCAAGAAAGACGAAUCAAAUGUGGAAUACGAGAAACGCGUGGAGGAGGAGAUUCAACGGAAGAUCGAUUCGCUUAAGGAGGAGAUUCGACGAAAUAUCGAGGUGCAGAAACAAAUAAGAGACAUCGAGGACAACAAUGCCCGAUUCGACGAGUUGCAAGAUCAGGAGCACGAGGAUGAGGAGAGGCAGAAUUUCAAGGAUAAACUGAUCGAGAAGCGCCAGAUUGUAGCCAAAAGAUCCAUCCGCGAGAUCGUCGAUGACACGGCUGGUUCUUCCCAGCGAAACGAGAAAAAGCGAUCUUUAAGGAGAGAACUGCAUAAAAAGCGGCAACAUCGAUCUAGCGAGAUCGGCAAGUCGAAUACUUCGAAGGAGAAUGAAAAUCUGAAGAAACGAUUCGUGACUAAUCACGAUAAGUCUUCUGAGCUAAUUCCUUCGAAAGGGCUUUUCAAAAAGAAACGCGAGCGCGUUAGGCAAAUUUUCUUGGUGAAUAACGAUCAGCAUCAGGCGAAGAAGAGACAAUCGAGAGGCUACACGUUGCCAUCCGACCGGACAGCCGUUGGAUCCGAAAAUGAAUUAUUCAUGAACCCCGAUUCGAGUUCUUAUCUCCGUACGGACAACAAAAUGCUCCAAGUAUCUUUGCCCGUUGGUGAAGACGAGAAUAACGAGGAAGAACAGAGUCCUACAGCGGAACACUCUGAUUCUUUGGUGUCUCUCACUGGAAGUUCGCAGGAAUUAAGUCCACGUUUACAAAAAGAGUACAAAGAGGCCUUCGGUGGAUUGCAGAGUGAGCCUGGUAACGCUUUAGCCAGAUUUAAGAGGAUCAAACGUGUACUAGCUGGUCCUAAUGCAAAAAUUUGAAGUUUUUGUCGAGAGAGAGAUGUAAGAUAACAUAGAUUUAUCUUUAUUUUACAAUCUUCAGGACAAAUAUAUCGUACAAAAUAAAAUUAUGCAAACAAUACUUCUAAACUAAGGCCAUAAUAGCAAAAGACUAAUAAAUAAUACGAAUAUGUAGGGAUAGAUUUAUGUAAAGAAAUAUAGAUAUUAAAGAAAGCAGAAUAAUGCACAUAUUUGUAAUUAAAGAAAAGAUUAUAGCUAUAAUAGAAUGUAAUGCCAUUAAUUACGAAAUAUUCCGAGAUUGCGAGCCGAUUUAAUUAUAGCCUAAAUAAAUUAUAUAAAUUCUUAACAAAGAUGGAUAAACUCUAUUUUUUAUCACUAAUUAUUUAUGCACGCUAUUUUACGCUGAUUUCUACAAAACCUUAAAAGACAUCGGGACACACAUCAAGAUAUUUCUUCUCUCCUCUCUUUUUUUGUAUUUAAUAAUUAUUCAUAUAUAUUUUGGCACAAAAUUUGAUGAUAAAUAGUGCAAUAUUUUUACAUAAUAAAAAUUAAUGAGUACAGCACAUCUUAUGCAGACUUCAAAAGCAAGAUAAUUCUUCAUUAUCAUUCAACCAUACGUCACAUGUUUAAAUCACAAUUUACAUAAUAAUAAAUUAAAUUAGUGCAAAUUAUAAUAUGUGAAAGAGUUUCAUGCAUUCUCUUUGAUUUACAGAGUGACAUAUAAAUAUUACGUACCACUUUUGUUCACAUAUUACUUGACGGUCAUGGCCGAUUAAAAAAAAAAAAUAAAUAAACAAAAAAUACAUGAAAUAUUACACUGAAAAACUAUCGGCAAAUAUUACAGAGUUUAAAGAAAUCUAUGAAUAAAUAGAUUUGGGUUAAACGGUAUAUAGGGUGUUUCUUAAAGACCGCCCACUAACUACUACAUAGCGUUAUUUAUAAAAAAUUGAGUCAAAAAGUCCUGAGUCAUUUUUUUCUAUAAUGCUUAAUGAAGCAGUAAUUAUUGAAUAAAGUCAAUCCACUCAGUGCCACGCUUUAGCCGGCCAUACGUCAGUGAGCCGCGGUGCCUGGUAGUAUGCGUGAGCGCACACUACGGCCGCUCGGCUAUAAAAGACAGUGUUGAUUGUAUUGACCUUAGGACUUUUCGCCUCAAUUUUGAAUUAUAUAUGAAGUAGAGGUAGAAUUUCCCGGGGAUUACCAUAAUGUGUAUAAUUUUUCGUUACCGU